ACAAUAGGAAGUUACGUCGGUUUGUGAAAUGGGAGGGAGUUCGGUUUGCAUUUUGGUAGAUCUGUGUGUGGAAUCAGCAUUGUAGAUAACUUGUGCAAUAGUUAUUGAAUUUUACUGAUCACGUAAAAGUCUGUAUGACUAGAAGAUAUUUGUUCUGUUAAACCGUUGUUCUUUAAUUGGACAUUUGAACGACCUAUUUCCCCACAAAGCGCAUGCUGGCUAACGUUAGAUCUUCUUUGCAUGGCUAGGGCUCAUUGUUAGCUAAAACUAGCACACACAACAAUUGAAAUAUCAAUGAGUUUGUUCCAACAGGAGACUGCAUGCAUGGUUUGCAAUGCUUAUAAAAUAUGCAGUGAAUGAAGAAUUGAGUGAACAUAUUGUUAUACUUGAUCGCUUUAGGAAAUAAACAAAGUUAGUUGCCAGUGGGUUAGCCGUUUAACUUUGGCAAGCUAGCCAGCUAACAUAAGCUAAUAUUGUAGCGUUUCGUAAGGCAAGUGUACAUUAGCCGAUAGAGAGCUAUCACAGGACAACCUGAUAAGUCCGAGGAACUUGUAGACAGUUAUUUUCAAUGUUUUACUGAAUACUGCAGAGCGACGAACCACGUCUAUACGAUAAAUAUGCCGGAAAUAAAAUUGAAACACGUCGUGUCCUGCAGCACAGAAGACAAUACGCACAAGGCAGACAAUUUGCUGAGUUCAGACACUUACAGAAAGUGGAAAGCAGCGAGACCAGGAGAGAAGCAAACCUCUGUUAUCAUACAGUUUGAGAAGGAGGAGCAGGUCCACAGCAUAGACCUGGGCAAUGAGGGAUCUGCCUUCAUCGAGGUGCUCGUAGGCCAUUCCACCUCUGUCAAAGAUCAAAAUUAUGAGGUUCUGCUGGUCACGUCCUCCUUCAUGUCCCCGACGGAAAGUCGUGCCGGCACCAACACCAACAGAGUUCGCAUCUUCAGCCCCAACCAGUUGGUGAAGGCCACAGCGCAGGAGAAGUGGGAUCGCGUGAAGAUCGUCUGCUCUCAGCCCUAUAGUAAAACUAUCGCUUAUGGAUUGGCCUUUGUGAAGUUCCAUUCACCUCCUGACAACAGUGAUCCACCUUCCACCUCUUCUCCUAAGCUCACCAAGCUUGGGCAGUUUCGUUUGAAGGAAGAGUCUCCCAGCCUCCAGCCCGGCAGUCUGUUCUUCAGCCGAGAGACGUCCAAAGCCAGCACCACUCCCAAAGUCUCCCCCCAGAAUGACAAGUUGAGUUAUGCUGCAGCAACUCUAAAGUCAGAGUCUGCAUCUCCUACGUCCUCCAGCUCUGCCUCUUCUCAGGCUCCAGUGAAGAGGAAGUUUGAGUUCAGCAAAGAGAGACAGGAGGCCUCAGGCCCUCCCUCCAAGAAGCCCAGUCCUGCCGGCUCCCCUGAGGCGAAGAACAGCACCCCUAAACCCAAAGCCAGACCCAGCACAACACCCAGCCCAAAGGCCUCUUCAGCACAGAAGACGACCUCUGACAAGAGGGAGAGCUCAAGCAAGCCCUCGCAGCACAAGCCGAGCCCUUCGCCCAAAGCCCAGUCCAAACCCAAGCCAAGCACGGCUAAGGACCAGCCCGGCGACCCCGUGCCCCUCAAAAGCAUCAUGGAGGGCGUGGUGUUCGUCCUGAGCGGCUUCCAGAACCCGCUGCGGGGCGAGCUGAGGGACAAGGCCCUGGCCAUGGGCGCCAAGUAUCGCACCGACUGGACUCCGGACUCCACGCAUCUCAUCUGUGCCUUUGCGAACACACCCAAAUACACCCAGGUGAAGGCCGCCGGUGGGCUGAUCGUCUGUAAGGAGUGGAUGCUGGACUGCCACAGCAGAAAGCAGAAGAUUUCCUACAAACGGUAUCUGAUGGAUGGAGAAGAUGGGAGCUCAGACGGGAGUGAAGUGGAGGAUGACGAAGAGAGCGAGGAAGAGCAGGUUAAAGUGCGGAAAACUCCGGAAAAGAGGAAGGCCUCGCCACAGAAGCCAGCCGUAAAGAUCGAGGUGAAGGAGGAAGACGAGGACGAGGAUGGGUACGGCGGAUCCACUGAUGCCGAUGAGCCAGAUCGUGAUGCUGAGUCUGGUAUGGAUACAGAGGAUGAACUAAAGAGAGUGGAAACAGAGAGCAAGCACAAGAAAAGAGAGAAGGGUGAGAGACGUCAGGGCGGAGGAGAGGAGGAUCCUUAUGGAGGAUCAACGGAUGAAAACACAGACGCCGAAGAGGAAGUCGACAAGCCAAUCCCUGAGCUCCCAGAGUAUCUGAAAGGGAAGCACUUCUACCUGUACGGCAAAUUCCCCAACAACGAGAGACGGCUGCUCCAGCGCUACAUCAUCGCCUUCAACGGAACACUUGAGGACUACAUGGGCGAGAAGGUGCAGUUUGUCAUCACUAGCGAGGGCUGGCACGACUCGUUUGAGGACGCUCUGAUGGAGAAUGCCAACUUGAGUUUUGUGAAGCCCAAGUGGAUAUUUGCCAUUAACGACCGCCAGAAGAUGCUCCCUCAUCAGCCUUAUGCCGUGGUGCCAGUCUGAAAAAGGCUGACUGCACUGACAGACACAGACCCCUGCAACUCCCCAACCCUGUCCACUGGAGCUUUGAGCCUCUCUCCUCCACCAGUUCACUGAUCCAGGGGUCAGACAGCCACAUCCAACCAAAGCAGACCUCAGCUGCAUGGAAAUGAAUCUCUGCUCCAUCUCGUCCGACUGUAACCUUUAACAUUUUAGUCAACCGUUAACAGUCAGCAUGCCUACCUAUGCCUGCUCAAGGUCUAUGCAAAGAAACCAGUGUCCUCAAUAUGUCAGAUUUGGUCGAAACAUGACAAGUGUUAAUGAUGUCGGAGAGAUGGACUUGUGAGGGUGUUUUGCCCCUCCCAGAAUGCUAGCCGUGUUUGGACAGACUAAAAACUAGCAGGAACCUCAGGUCUACGAGCCCCUCUUCUACAAUGCAGCCCUGUAAAGAACACAAGUGGAUCUGGAAACAGGGAGCAGGGAGAACUGUACUUUUUAUAUGGAACAUCCAUAUGUCCGUCACAAGCCCCCCCCCCCCCCCCCCGGUCAUGUCACUAGUUACAGGUGAAGUGCUAGAUAGGGUUAGUGUAGACCAGUUAGGAAAGCCUUUGAUCAACCCUGAUGAACUGAAAAUGGGAUGAAUUUGCGUCAUGUUGAAGGGUUGAAUUAUUUGUUUGUCAGAGUUUACAGGUUAUUCUUUUUUCAAUGUUUAUGCGGUCACAAUAAAGCAAAUAAAAUUGAAGUGUGGACUUUUUUUUACUAUUACAAUAUUGUAAUUCAGUUAAAGUCAGUUCAGUGUAAUUCAAGCCGAACAAAGCAACCACAUCACAUUUUAAGACUUAAAACACUAGUCAUUAUAUUCUGUGUGUGUGUGAUUUUUGUUUGUUUGUUUGAAUUGAAUGACUAAUAUUUUAGUUUUUUUUAAUUGUGAUUUCUAUUUGCUCAGUAUGGAGAUAUUGUUUCUGUUCGUAGCUUGUGUUUGGCAGUGCCUUGUGUGCUUACUGUAGUUUCUGUAUUGGGUCUGAAAUAUUUUUGUUACUGUUUUUAAUAUUAAAAAUGGUCUUUAAAAUUUG